GAAGUAUGGUGUGGGCAUUUUCAAUUAGUACGUUACUUUCCGCCUCUGUAUGCAGAACAUAGACCUUGGGAACAUUCCUUGUAUGAAAUGGCAUUCGUUAAUGGUACAAUAAAUAGAUCUCGGUCUUGUGAGGAAGUACCUCUCAACACGGACUUCGGUCAAUCUAAUUAUACCAAUCUUCAAGGUUACUCAACUAAACUUUUAGUACCUGUUAAUAAACAAUUUAUUGACCACUUAGGUUCAAAAAAUCUUUCGGGACCUCAGGGAAAGUUCGGGGGGUUCGGAAGUCACUAUGAAAUCUACACUUCCAAAUCUCUUAAUGAUAUACUAGACUAUCAGAUGCACUCAGGGAAUAAGACGCAUACACUUCAUCGACAUAAAAGUUCGUCGGGGUUGCUUUUGAACGAUAAUUUUUCAAGCAAUGCUUCGUCGUCCGAAAGUUUGAAUGAUGUAAACUAUGAAAACGGACAUUCAGACGAAGAAAAUCUUCCUGGUGCACGCAAACGUCAUGGUCUCCGUGAAGUUACUGACAAUUCAGAUGACGUCUCAGGGAAGAGCGUGAGUUUGGUACACUCAUGUAGUGAUUUCAACAGUUAUUGGAGUGAAAACGAGGAAGGUCAUGACGUCAGGAAUAGUGACGAUUCUGCUGUGAAUAGUGUGCUAGACGGUGUAACCAAACUUCAUGUUAAUGAAAAAGAAAAUAAUUCGUUACCGCAGGAAGGUACUGAUGCUGCAGACAUAGAUUUUGACGUUGAUGCUGAUCAGGACAAAACAAAUCCAGCGUACAUACCACGAGGUGGGAGGUACUAUAUGCAUGACCAUCGUACACUAGAAGAAGACGUUGUAGUGGUUAAAAAGCGAGAAAGUAACCGACGAUGGCAGCAUGACAAAUUUAAUUAUUAUGAUCAAGCCCCAAGGUCUACAGAGGAAAUCAUAUGGAGGUAUGGGUACGAUAUUCGUAAAGAAAACAUAUGUCCGUUGGCAAAUAAGUCUGAUCCUAAUGAUGGAAGUAACGUCCCUACGACAACCUCCACCCCCUGCGAGACUAAUGAGACAUACCAUUCUUCACAUCAACCGAGUCAAGUAACCAGUACCAAAGUGCGAAACAGUGUGUUGUGCGGUAACGAAAGUCAAAAGCGUUCUGCUAGAACCCAAGGAAAAACCAUCACAUACUCUAGCAUCAAGUAUAAUGGUUAUAGCCGCUUUACAAAGAGCGACUGCCAUGGACGCAAUUUCUCCACACGGAAAGAUUCAGUUACGGAUGAGUUUCAAACUCAAGCUUCUUCAAGGCCCAUAAAAGAGGAUUCUCUAUCUGGAACUAAUGUGCAUCGCAGUCAUCCUACUCUGACCCUUGAUAUGAAGCCUGCUUAUUCAACUAACACACAUGAUUCAUAUUGUAAACAUCAACAGGGUUUAAACCAUUCAUAUUACACAUCCAACUCCAAUCUUUCCAGACGUAAUAGGGAAGACUCGUCAAAGCCCCCAGUCUCAAACUAUCAGUAUGUCAGUAAGAAACAGGCCAUUAACUUCGCUCCAGUAAACACAAAAAUCAGAAGAGUUUACAAACCUCAAGUAAUAAAACACUCAAGUCACAUCCGCGAACAAGUAAAACGUGGAGAAAGAGUUCCAAAACGGUAUUCUGCUGUCCGACAAAAUGUAUCUAACAUUGAUUCAUCUACCGAUAAAAAAACGCCAUUGCGGCUUCCAUCUCCUGUACACACUGAAGAGUCGUGUGGUUCUGUUGACGUUAAGGACUUAGUGGUUACAAAGUUAGGCACCCCAGGAAAUGUAGAUGAGGUUACUCAACUACAUAAAUCUGCAGCAGACUGUAAAGACGUAAUUGCAACUCAAGAUCAGGUUUGCACUAAAAUCACUGGUAUCAACACGUUUAGUCAACAAAAAGCGAACCCUCAACCAGUCAGUAUCAGUGUGCAUCCAGUUUCUCUAACACAUUUCCAGCCCUCCAUAGAAUAUAGCAGACGUAUUCCUACGGAAUAUUCAUCUGUCAAUCCACAUUUACAAACUAUAUAUUGCCCAGAUAUAUUUCAGCAUGAUCCACGCUAUCAACCUCCAAGCACUGUGAUGUCAAACUACGUACUACCUAAUGCUCAUCAAGCUCAGAUACAUCGUUUAUAUGGAAAUGGAAUUCAUAAUAUGAAUUUACCAGUGCCAGUAGCCACGACUCUUUGUUUUGAUCAUGUGCCAUGUGGAGUCACAAGUAAGUUCUCUUCAAUAUGCUUAGUUAUUUAUUUUGGAAUUUAUCCGGGUAAUUAUUAAUUAAAAUUCCACUUUGUAAUAAACGUAGCUUGGAGCUAACAGAAACUCUUCCUACAAAUCAUUUACAUGACAUUUCACCAGUAUUUUGUAACUUCUUACUAGGUACUGCAUUGUAUAUGUCAAUAAACGUAGACUGAAGCAUAAGACAGUUGCCCACUAGAUGCAUACUACUGAAUAUAUCUAACGGAUUAUCUUACCGAAGUUCGGAUGACGAUCUGACACUACUAAUUUUGGUUUCCACAUGGUUUGUUUAUCAAACUAUGAUUCUUGAGGAGGGAAGCUACCAUGUGAAGAUUUUAUUUCAAUAAGGAUUUAAUCAAUACGUGAUGAAGCGUGUCAAACUAAAUACGUACUCAGUUACAAAGUCAUAGCAACUACAGAGCCAACACUGCUAAGAACCACAAGCACAAUUUGUGAUGCUAAUAUGUACCACAACUUUAUUCUUGUAAUACCAAGUUUUGUUAUUUUUUGAAAGGUGGAUCUAAAUAUUCCACAUAUACGAACUCAGAUAUUACAAGUGUACUGCAAAAAAAAUGGUAUAAGCUUACUCGAAGUUACACUAUAGAACUCUAUAUUUUUGUUAGUAAGGUUGUAUCCAACACAGUUUCAUAAUGUGCAUUGAAAACGUUAGUGUUUAUUAGUCGGUUUCCCCUUUCUAGUUGAUCGUUUUAGUUUAUGUAAACUGGGUGAAUUUUGAAAGAUUGGAAAUCUACUAUUGACGAUGAUGAGUUUUUAAGUAGUAGGUGAUUAGAGCCGGGUUUUGGAAAAUAUAUGAUUAUUAGAUAGAGAGGGUAAAGACAAGCACUAUGGUAAUUUGUUGCUGAACUGGUUGUAAUUAUGAUAUCCACUUUAGCUGCAAAGAAAAGUAACAUUCCUAGCUUUCCACACGAUUUUUUGAUUAACACCACAUAUACUGUCAUAAUAAGCUCAACAAAAUAUACCGUAAGCCUAACAAAGUGUUAAAUGAUUUAAGGUUACAAAAUUUCUGGUAUUGUCAAGUUCUGGAUAGCAAUAACUGGAGACCUAUACGAUAUUUAUCUUCAUCAAAUUUCAUAAAUUCUAACCAGUGAGUAAAUAAUGCGUAAAAUGUAUAUCAUUAUUUUACAAAAUACCUUUAAUAUUUCCAGAUGACCCUAGUCAAACAUACGUGAUGCACUUAGGUAUGACUGCGGUGGAGCCUCACUGGAAUAGCGAGGAAAAACCAGUGUUCAACCGAAGAUUCCCGAAGAAACCAUUGGAAGUUAUUGAUCCUCGUGACGGAACAAGAGUUAAUAAAGUUGCACUUUCUGAAACGCAGUAGCAUGACUCAAAUCGUGUUAAUUUUAUAUACAAAUUUUCAAUGUGCAUGUAUAUUUAUCAUGUCUUGCCUUGAAAAGUUAGUAAAUAAUAACUAAUCUUUAUGCAAAUCCCAAACUGUAGAUAUAACUUUCCCAGUUAUUAUUUCUGUAACUAAAUGUUCCAAGCUUUGUGCUUUUCUAAAUUACUUCCAGUGUAGUCACGAUUGCGAACUAUUUUUUGAAUAUUUCAAUCAAAUAAAAACUAUAAGCGUUUUAUU